AUGGACGCAACGACGGCGUUUGGGCAGAGAGAUCGCCGACCGGAGGCUCUCGGUAGUCUCAGUGUCCUCCCAGAUGAGACCAUCUGCGCUCUUCUCGAAUACCUUGCUCCCCGAGAUAUCGCUCAACUUUCCUGCGUCAGCAGUGUCAUGUAUAUUCUGUGUAACGAAGAACCACUAUGGAUGAGUAUUUGUCUCAGAAGAGCAAAGGGUCCUCUUGAAUACAAAGGUUCUUGGAAAAAGACGACUUUGCAUCUAGAAGGAGUUACUCAGGAAAAUGACGAUGCGUACAGAAAAACUUUGCAUUUUGAUGGAUUCCAUUCGUUGUACUUGUAUAAACGAUUCUAUAGAUGUAACACAUCUCUUGACGGAUUCUCUUUCGAUGACGGGAAUGUGGAACGUAGGAAGGAUAUCUCCUUGGAUGAGUUUACCAAGGAAUACGACGCCAAGAAACCUGUUUUGCUCUCUGGCCUUGCUGAUUCUUGGCCAGCCAGUGAGACAUGGACAAUCGACCAACUAUCAGAGAAAUACGGUGAAGUCCCGUUUAGAAUAUCUCAGAGGAGUCCCAACAAAAUCUCCAUGAAGUUCAAGGAUUACAUCUCCUAUAUGAAACUCCAGCGGGAUGAAGAUCCUCUAUACGUUUUCGAUGACAGGUUUGGAGAGGCUGCUCCUGAAUUACUGAAAGACUAUAGUGUGCCUCAUUUGUUUCAAGAAGAUUGGUUUGAGUUCUUGGACAAAGAAAACCGUCCGCCGUACAGAUGGCUUAUAGUUGGUCCGGAGAGGUCUGGUGCAUCUUGGCAUAUCGAUCCAGCUCUUACAAGCGCCUGGAACACCCUGCUUUGCGGUCGGAAAAGGUGGGCAUUGUAUCCCCCAGGAAAAGUGCCUCUAGGUGUUACAGUCCAUGUAAAUGAAGAUGAUGGUGAUGUUAGUAUUGACACUCCCUCAUCUCUGCAGUGGUGGCUAGACUAUUAUCCGCUCCUAGCAGACGAAGACAAACCGAUUGAGUGCACGCUAUUACCUGGUGAAACGAUUUAUGUUCCAAGUGGUUGGUGGCACUGUAUCCUUAAUCUUGACCCAACGGUGGCUGUUACACAGAACUUUGUGAACAAAGAAAACUUCGAGUUCGUUUGUUUGGAUAUGGCGCCUGGUUACCAGCACAAAGGGGUUUGCCGUGCUGGUCUUCUUGCUCUUGAUGACGGAAACUCUGAAGAGAUGGAAGAAGAAACAGGCGAUGAUGAGGACGACAGUACUUUGAGCUAUUCAGACCUUACGAGGAAAGAGAAGAGGGUACGGAUGAAUGGAGAGGGAGGAGAGACUGAAAACCAAGAAGAGGAUGCUAACGGAGUAUCAAAGAGAUACAAUAUGUGGAAGAAUGGAUUCUCUUAUGAUAUUGAUUUCCUGGCUUCGUUUCUUGAUAAAGAAAGAGACCAUUACAAUUUCCCAUGGUCUAUGGGGAACUCUGUAGGUCAACGAGAAAUGAGAGGUUGGCUAUCAAAGCUUUGGGUUCUGAAGCCUGAGAUGAGAGAACUGAUAUGGAAGGGAGCAUGCAUUGCUUUGAAUGCUGAGAAAUGGUUGCGAUGUUUAGAGGAAGUAUGUACUUUCCACAACUUGCCGUCGGUUACAGAAGAUGAAAAACUUCCAGUUGGAACUGGCAGCAAUCCUGUUUAUCUGUUUUCUGACUAUGCGGUGAAACUGUUUGUCGAAGGAGGGUUGGAACAGUCUAUGUACGGUCUUGGAACUGAGCUUGAGUUUUAUGACAUUCUUGGCCGAGCUGAGUCUUCUUUGAAGAAUCAUAUCCCUGAUGUUCUGGCGACAGGGAUUCUCUACUUGGAGAAAGGAUCUUACAAAGUUGUCCCUUGGGAUGGCAAGAAAAUCCCAGAGAUUAUCACUAGCUCCAGUUUCGAUUUCGAUGCAUCAAUGUUGAACAGCGAGUUCCCGUUUGGUAUUUGGAACAAAACGUUACGUGAACAUAGAAGCCAAGGGAAGCCACCGCCCGAUUCUUUCGCAUCGUUGAGUUCACAUGUUUGGCCUUAUAUCAUAACAAAAAGAUGCAAAGGGAAUAUCUUUGCCCAACUAAGAGAUGACCUGACGUGGAGUGACGCUCAAAACUUGGCUUCCUUUCUGGGACAACAACUACGCAACCUUCAUCAACUGCCGUAUCCACCAGUCACACGCCCUGAGCUCUUGAAUGCUGUUAAUGAGGAGUUGAACAUUCCAGCAGAAUGGAAAGUUUUCGUCGAUGCUCUGUCCCAAAAGAAGAAAGACGUCACUAGUCGUCUUGAAAACUGGGGAAAUCCGAUUCCUCGGGCUCUGAUGAACAACAUAGACGAAUACAUUCCCGAUGAGUUUUUUGUUGAUUUGCUCCAUGUAUUCAAGGACACAGAUGUUGGAAACGAGAUAAAGCCCUGCACCUGGAUUCACUCAGAUGUCAUGGACGACAACAUUCACAUGGAACCAUACGCAGAUGAUGAUUCGGUCAAGGGUCCACAUACUUCAUGGCGUCCCAGUCAUCUUCUUGACUUCAGCGAUUUAUCCAUUGGGGAUCCUAUUUAUGACUUGAUACCAAUAUACUUGGACGUCUUUAGGGGAGACGCUGAUCUUUUCAAGAAGCUUAUAGAAAGUUACGGACUUCCAUUAAUCACAAGUAAGUCGCCGGAGGAGAACGGAACGACAAAAACAACAGACAGUACGAGGAAGAAAGUUCUGUCUCCUUCCUACCGUACAAUGUGUUACUGUAUAUUACAUGAUGAUAAUGUGUUGGGUGCAAUGUUCGGUAUUUGGGACGAGCUUCGGACAGCUGAAUCAUGGGAACAAAUUGAGCAAACUGUUUGGGGUCUACUUAACACCUACUGA